CGACGUCUCUAACAUCGUCGACGGAGAUGUCGUUGCACCAUCCCACUGCUCCAUGUGCGGCCAACCCGACCUCGCCCGAACCGCCGCUCAGAUAAAACCGAAGUCUGGCGCGAACGGUGUCAUCGAUUUUUCGGGACACUUCGCGUGGUUUGACCCAUUUUCGGACGGGUUCGCGUCUGUGGUACCACCGAACGAGGAUCCCACAGCCGCCCAAUGGGCCACAAUAUACUCAUAUCUCGCGACGAAGCUCUCGUCGGAUGCAUCUCAUCGUUCCUCUUUCACACUCAAGCUGGGCUACCGCGGCAAGUCGGUCUACCUGCGCGGGCCGAGUGAGAAGCCGAAGACGAUGGCGGACAGCGUGCUCGCGUCGCACGGCGCGGAGAUCGUUGGCGGCUUCGUCGGCGAUGUCGAGUUUACGGAAGACGACAUCCCACGAUAUUAUUCCUUUAAUAUUGAUCUAUCGUGCGUGCAUGGCUACGAGGCGCGCCUUGCCGUGCCGCCGCGCAUGGGGUUGCGGGGUCAGGGUCUCUUCAAGAUGCGUCGCAUAUGGGCUGACCCGCGCGACCCGAACAAAGAACUCUUCGAGGGCGUGUGGGACCUGACAGUCUCUGCGGACAGCCGCCAUACGAAGGGCAGGUACGGCAUGGAUGAAGACGGGGAGGGCAGUGGGGCCCUGUUCUGGGCUAUAAGGCAUGAGGCUGGAAAGGGCGAGGAGAAUGAUAACGAAGACGAAUCUUGCUUCUACUGAUAGAUUGGUCAAUAGUUUUCGUUGUU